CGGGCGCGGGAGCGGGAGCGGGAGCGGGGGCAGCGUCGGCGGCGGCGGCUCCUCCUCGGCCAUCCCCUCGGAGCCGUGCCGCUGACGCGCAUGGCGAAGACAGCGGCGCCUACCGAUGGGAGCAGCGGUUCUCAGCUGGACCGGGUUGGUGGCCUGAAUGUAUUAGCUGCGCUGCGUCUACCCAAGAGAAAUAAGAAUGUCUAAGCCCCUGGAGGCCGAGAAGCAAGGUCUGGACUCCCCGCCAGAGCACACAGACACUGAACGAAAUGGACCCGACACUAACCACCAGAACCCCCAGAAUAAGACCUCCCCGUUCUCCGUGUCCCCAACUGGCCCCGGCACCACCAAGAUCAAGGCUGAAGACCCCAGCGGCGACUCAGCCCCAGCAGCACCCCCGCCCCCCCAGCCGGCUCAGCCGCAUCUGCCCCAGGCCCAGCUCAUGCUGACGGGCAGCCAGCUCGCCGGGCUCACGGCGCUGAUGCCCGCUCAGCAGCAGCUCCUCCUGCAGCAAGCGCAGGCCCAGCUCCUGGCCGCCGCCGUGCAACAGUCCAAUGCUGCUGCUGCUGCCGCCGCCGCCGCCUCCUCCACCUCCUCUUCCUCCUCCUCCUCCUCCUCCUCUGCCUCCUCCUCGACCUCGCAGCCCCCAGCCUCCUCUGGGGGAGGCGACCUGCCACCACCACAGCCUGCCAGCCAGCCCCCUGGAACCCCACAGCUCACCUUGUCCCAGCCCAUCCAGCUCACAGCACAGGACAUACAGCAGCUUCUCCAGCUCCAGCAGCUGGUGCUUGUGCCAGGCCAUCACCUCCAGCCCCCUGCUCAGUUCCUGCUGCCGCAGGCCCAGCAGAGUCAGCCAGGCCUGCUACCGACGCCAAAUCUAUUCCAGCUACCUCAGCAAACCCAGGGAGCUCUUCUGACCUCCCAGCCCCGGGCCGGGCUGCCCACGCAGGCUGUGACCCGCCCCACGCUGCCCGACCCGCACCUCUCGCACCCGCAGCCCCCCAAAUGCUUGGAGCCACCCUCCCAUCCCGAGGAGCCCAGUGACCUGGAGGAGCUGGAGCAGUUCGCCCGCACCUUCAAGCAACGCCGCAUCAAGCUGGGCUUCACGCAGGGUGACGUGGGCCUGGCCAUGGGCAAGCUCUACGGCAACGACUUCAGCCAGACGACCAUCUCCCGCUUCGAGGCCCUCAACCUGAGCUUCAAGAACAUGUGCAAACUCAAGCCGCUCCUGGAGAAGUGGCUCAACGACGCAGAGACUAUGUCUGUGGACUCCAGCCUGCCCAGCCCCAACCAGCUGAGCAGCCCCAGCCUGGGCUUCGAUGGGCUCCCGGGCCGGAGACGCAAGAAGAGGACCAGCAUUGAGACAAACGUCCGCUUCGCCUUAGAGAAGAGUUUUCUAGCGAACCAGAAGCCUACCUCAGAGGAGAUCCUGCUGAUCGCGGAGCAGCUGCACAUGGAGAAGGAAGUGAUCCGCGUCUGGUUCUGCAACCGGCGCCAGAAGGAGAAACGCAUCAACCCCUGCAGCGCGGCCCCCAUGCUGCCCAGCCCCGGGAAGCCGGCCAGCUACAGCCCCCACCUGGUCACACCCCAAGGGAGUGCUGGGACCUUGCCGAUGUCCCAAGCUUCCAGCAGUCUGAGCACAACAGUUACUACCUUAUCCUCAGCUGUGGGGACGCUCCACCCCAGCCGGACAGCCGGAGCGGGUGGGGGCGGGGGCGGGGCCGCGCCCCCCCUCAAUUCCAUCCCUUCUGUCACUCCCCCACCCCCGGCCACCACCAACAGCACAAAUCCCAGCCCUCAAGGCGGCCAUUCGGCUAUCGGCUUGUCGGGCCUGAACCCCAGCGCGGGAAGCACAAUGGUGGGGUUGAGCUCCGGGCUGAGUCCAGCCCUCAUGAGCAACAACCCUUUGGCUACUAUCCAAGCCCUGGCCUCUGGUGGAACCCUGCCCCUUACCAGCCUUGACGGCAGCGGGAACCUGGUGCUGGGGGCAGCUGGUGCGGCCCCGGGGAGCCCUGGCCUGGUGACCUCGCCGCUCUUCUUGAACCACGCUGGGCUGCCCCUGCUCAGCGCCCCGCCUGGCGUGGGCCUGGUCUCGGCAGCUGCGGCGGCUGUGGCAGCCUCCAUCUCCAGCAAGUCUCCGGGUCUCUCCUCUCCCUCCUCCACUUCCUCCUCCUCGUCCUCCUCCUCCUCUUGCAGCGAGGCCACAGCACAGACCCCUGGAGGCCCAGGGGGGCCGGAGGCAGGGUCCAAGCCCGAGUGAGGGCCCGCCAUGCCUCCCCUCCUCCUCCUCUGACCCCCACUUUGGUCCCCGUCUAGAAGACAGUGAGGAGGCCAGCGAUGGGAGUGUAGGAGGUCCUUGGAGCAGGAGUGAUAAGGGAGAAGAGACAAAAAAAAAAAAAUAAUUCAAACAACCAAAAAAAGAAAGAAAGAAAGAAAGAAAGAAAGAAAGAAAGAAAGAAAGAAGAGAAACCAACAAAAAAGAAAACCAAAAAUAAUCGCAACAAAAACCAGCUGCCCCAAAGGAACCAGAGGUGAAAACCGAACAAAAACCAAAAACAGACCAACCCCCCCACCCCCAAACCAAACAAACCAAAAAC